CACGUCACGUCAUAGCACGGAACAAUCCCAACAUCACGUACUCCAACUGCCGGAAUCUAUUAACUAUGUUUCAAACCAUGCAGACUGCACAUAAAAUGUUUUGAGUCCCGGACUGUGCGUAAAUUUCAAAAUCAAUAGUACGCUUCCUAACUACCUAUAUCCGACUAUUGUAAGCGUUCAGGUCUCUCAUAACGAGCGCACGCAGAACACUACAAUGUCAGAAUCCCGCCUUUUUCAGCCCAUGAAACUUGGCUCGAUUGAACUUAAGAACCGUAUCGCUAAGGCCCCCAUGACACGCUUCUGUGCAUCUGAUGAUCACGAAAUCCUUCCCAUGGCGACACAAUACUAUGCCCAACACGCGUCAGUUCCUGGAACUCUGCUGAUCACGGAAGCAACAAUCGUCUCUAAACAAUCUGGAGGCUACGCAAACGUGCCAGGUAUCUACACCGAAGGCCAAAUCAGUGCGUGGAAGAAGGUCACCAACAAAGUACACAAGAAGAGAGGAUUCAUCUACCUACAGCUCUGGGCCUUGGGCAGAGUGGCAGAUAGAGACUUCACGGAGAAAAACAACAUCACAGUAAAGAGUUCCAACGCAACUCAGUUACGUGAAGGUUACGCAGUUCCUAAGGAGAUGACCAUCAAAGAGAUCGAACAGAGCGUGCACGAAUACGCACAAGCCGCCAACAAUGCUAUUGCAGCAGGUUUUGACGGCGUAGAAAUCCACACCGCAAACGGUUACCUUAUUGAUCAGUUUUUAAAAGAUACGUGCAACAAGCGGACAGACCAGUACGGUGGCUCCGCCGAGAACAGGAGUCGGUUUGCGAUAGAAGUUACACAGGCUGUUGUCGACGCCGUGGGGGCUGACAAAACAGGUAUCCCACUGAGUCCAUUUUCUGAGUUCCAGGGCAUAAAAAUGACAGACCCAAUCCCACAUUUCGCGGAUACCAUCCGAAGGCUGAACAAGUUUGGCCUGGCGUAUCUGCAUCUUGUGGAAACGAGCAUUUCUGGAAGUGCAGAUGUCAAGGGCUACGGUAUUCUCAACACUUUACUUCCCUACUAUCGUGGCCCACUGCUCAUUGCUGGUAGAUAUGAUUCAAACACUGCCAAGAGGUUGCUGGAAGACCACAAUGAUAGGGAAAUCGUGGUGGUGUUUGGACAAUACUUCAUCAGUAACCCAGACUUGGUGUUCAGACUUCCCAAAGGAAUUGAAUUCAGCUCCUAUGACCGGGAUAGCUUCUAUAUUCCAAAGACAGAGAAGGGUUAUAUCGACUAUCCCUUCAGCAAGGAAUGGAAAGAAGUGCAGGCAAUCUUGUAGGAAGAGAAAAGUAUGGGGUUAGGCAACCAAUUAGACCUUAGGAUUAGUCAGCAUGAUAGAUGUAGCUCAAUGAACUUACCAACAGAAAGCUCUUUGAUCGGCUACAUAUUGCAUG